AUGCAGCAGGAUCUGCAGCAGGAGCUGCAGCACGAGCUGCAACAGCUUGUAGAGCCGCCGCUCCCCGCAGAUGUGCUGCUACUGCUCAACCCUCCAGGACACCAGCAGGAGGAAGAGCUGCAGCAGCAGCAGCAGCAGCAGCAGCAGCAGCAGCAGCAGAAGGCGUGGACAGCAGGUGCCCAGCAGCAGCUGCAGGAAGCAGCUGCUGCUGCAUGGGCUCGGCUUCUGCAGUGGCAGGCGCUCUUUGACUUGCAGCAGCAGAUCCGUCUGCAGCAGCAGCAGCAGCAGCAGAAGCAGCACAACGACGGAUAUACCAGGAGCAGCGACUCCAUUUCCCCCACAGACGGCAGCAGCAGCAGAAGCAGCAGCAGCAGCAGCAGAAGCAGCAGCAGCAGCAGCAGCAAGUCGCCAGAUCUGCAUACUUUGCUCCGCCUGCGAGACACCGCAGCAUGGAACCUGCUGCAGCAGCAGCAGCAACUGCAGCAGCACCAGUCAUUACGACGGCAGCAGCAGCAGCACGCACGUGCUGUUGCACGUCUUAGAGGCAGCGAAUGCUGCAGCACUUUGAGCCAAUCUAGCUGCAGCAGCAGCAGCAGCAGCAACUGCAGCAGCAGCAGGGGCAGCCGGAGACCGAAUGGGAAGGUGCAUGUCUCUGCUACAGCAAAAGCAGCAGCAAAUUCAGCAGAUACGCACGCAGCAGCAGCAGCAGUAUCUGCUGCUGCUACGAUGGGCGUGCGUAGCCGCAGCCGCAGCAACAGCAGCAGCAGCAGCAGCAGCAGCCGCAGCAGCAGUCCAGGGCCUCCUGCUUCUGUCAGGAAGACCCGCAGAAGAUUGCUGCAGCGGCGGAGGUUGCGGCUGCAGCAGAGCCUAGCGAAGCAGCGGAAGCUGCUGCAGCAGCAGCAGCAAGAGCUUCUUGCUGCGAAGAGUCGCCUUCGGAAGGAAAGUUUGCUGCUGCAGCGAGAGCAGCGGUAUGCCAGAAAGAGGCAGCAGGAGCAGAAGCAGCAGCGGGAGCAGCAGCAGCAGCAGCAACAACAGCAGCAACAACGACAACAACAGCAGCACGGUGAGCCUUCGCCAGCAGCAGCAGCAGAGCAGUGGCUUUCAGAUGCAGCACAUCUCCUCCCCUCUGCAGCAGCAGAAGCAGCAGCAAAAAUCGUUAUUGUACGAAUAACUCUAGGGCUACCCACCGCCAGCAGCAGCAGCAGCAGCAGCAGCAUCGAAGCAAUUGGGGGAAGCGGCAGCAACGGGCUGUAUGUACAGGCAACGUUUGCGCCGGAGGCGCUGCAGCAGCAUUUAGAGGUGCUGCUGCAGCAGCAGCAGAAGCAGCAGCAAUGCUUCACCUUGCCAGAAGCAGACAGACGCCAGCUGCUGCUGCUGCGGCAGCAGCUGCUAGAGAUGCAGCAGAAGCAGGCGCUGGGAGAACAGCAUCAACAGCAGCAGCAGCAGGGAAGAUGUGAGAUUAAGAGAGAGCAGACCGAGCAGCAGCAGCAGCAGCAGCAAGAACAACAGCAGCAGCAGCUCCCGCAUUACUAUCGCCCUAGAGGGCGUGGUGGACGCUUCAUUCGCGUCAGCAGCAGCAGCAACAGCGGCAGCAGCAGCUGUGAGGACGGGGGCUCGUGGCUGCCCCCGUGGGGCCGUGCAGGUCUGCUGGCUUGCAGUUGGUUUUCUGCUGCUGCUGCAGCGCAGCUAUUCCCGCAUUCGUUUGCUGCUGCUAUCGCACAGUCGACGGCCUUCACGCUGCAGCAGCAGCAGCAUCAGCUGCUGCAGCAGGAACAGCCACAGCAGCAGCAACAACACCAGCAGCAGCAGGAGCCGCUGACUCUACAGCAGCAGCAGCAGCAACAGCAGCAGCAGCAGCAGCAGCAGCCGGCUGUUCAUCUAACUGCAGUAAAACAGGAGGCGUAG